AUGAUAGAUGGAAGUUACGACAAGUAUUCAUUCCAACAACGGCAAUGUUUUUCGAAACGUGUAGCAGAUAUUAAACCAAGCGUUUGGGUUGAAUUUACAAGUUUAGCUACGGAAUGCAAAGCAGUUAAUAUCGGACAGGGUUUUCCGGAUGCUCCUGUGCCAGGAUUUGUAGCUGGGAUGUUGGAAGAUGUUGCCAAGCAUCCUGAAAGGACUGACUGGCAUCAGUAUAGUCGUGGUUUCGGUCAUCCAAGGCUAACGAAUGCUUUGGCAAAACUUUACUCAAACACACUGGGUGUAAAUGUUGAUGCACAACAAAAUGUUUUAGUAACGGUUGGAGCAUAUCUUUCGCUCUAUUAUUCAUUCAUGGGUUGGCUAAAUAAUGGCGAUGAAGUAAUCGUGCUUGAUCCAGCAUUUGAUUGCUACGUUCCACAAAUUCGUAUGGCAGGUGGUGUACCCAUACCAGUUGUGCUCAGUUUGCCAUCGGAACCUCGGAGUAGCAAAGAUUACACAGUAAAUGUGGAAGCAAUUGAAGAAAAAAUCAGCAAGCGGACGAAAAUGAUUGUCCUCAAUAAUCCACACAAUCCGACAGGAAAAUUAUUCACACAAGAAGAGUUGGAAAAGAUAACUGACAUUGUUAUCCGUCAUAAUUUAUUGGUAGUAGCUGAUGAAGUUUAUGAAUGGCAUGUAUAUGGUUACAACAGAAUGAUUCGUUUUGCCAGUUUACCCGGUAUGUAUGAGCGAACGCUAACUAUCGGUAGUGCUGGAAAAGCAUUUAGUAUAACAGGAUGGAAAUUGGGUUGGUCAAUUGCACCAGCUGAACUUCUCGAACCCUUAAGACGAAUCCAUCAAAACUGUGUCUUCACAUGUCCUACACCAAUCCAGCAAGCGGUUGCUGAGGCAUUCGAGAAAGAGCUAGAUAUAAUAAAAACUAAUCCAACAGAAAGCUAUCUCAAGAAGGGAAUUACGUCUGAGCUGAUUCAACAAAGAGAUCGAAUGGCAUCAAUACUACGCUCUGCAGGAAUGAAACCUAUUAUUCCCGAUUCCGAUGGUCCAUUCAAAGCAGCUGAUGGAAGCAAUGAUCCACUGGACUUCCGCUUUGUGCGAUGGAUGUGUCGUGAGAAGAAGCUUGCAAUGAUACCAAAUUCAGCUUUUUAUACUGGUCCCAAUAAACAAGAUAAAGAUCGUUUCGUUCGUGUUUGCUUCUUCAAGUCAGAUAAGAUAUUGGAUGCUGCUGAAUCGAUACUGAAAUCAUUUCGAAUGACUAAGCAAUAG